AUGCACGUUUACAACCUCCACAAUGGUGUGGAGAGUGCUGUGAGCAUCGCGUUGAGAUCGGGUUCUGCUUCGUUACCGAGCAUGCAGGCGACGCUGCCGCCGGCGUGGGCGCAGGCGGAGCGGCUGCGGCGGCGGCGCGGCCGCGUGGCGCUGGCCGAGCUGGGCGAGCUCACGGCGCGCGCACACCAGCUGCAUCUGCAGAUGACCCUGCAGGAGCUGCGGCGGCUGCGAGAGCUGCACGCGCGGCUGGGAUGGCCGCGCGCGCCGCGCCCCGAGGUGCUGCUCUAUACGCCCAAUCAGCUCAGGCAGCUCAUUAGACUGAGCAACGUGGCGGAGAGCGCGUCGCAGGCGCCGGCGGGCUGGCGGCCGGGCCCGCUGGGCGCGCCCUGGCACCUGCCCGAUACUGACCCUUCGCAGCCGGAGUCGAUGUCCGGGAGCGCGGGCGGCGGCGGCGGCGCGGAGUGGUGGUCGUGGCGUGGCUGGGGCGCGGGCGCGCUGCUGCUGGUGGCGGCGCUGCUGCUGGCGCGCGCCACCGACCGCUGCUUCACAACCAACUAUGCCAGAUCUCGACGAAGACGAUCAGAAGAGUGGCCAACUCCGAACGUACUCGCUACUAGUCAACAGAACCCAGCGAGUAGCGUGCCGGCGGAGGAGGCGACGGAGGCGGAGGCGGAGGAGGCGGCGGAGCCCGAGCGGCCGCGCUCCGUGCUCUCGAGCGCGUCGGGCUACAUCGUGUGCAUGGAGGACCUGCCGCCGCCCUACAGCGAGGUGGCCGCCGCCGGCAAGCACGCGCGCCGCGAGGAGCCCCCGCCCCCUUACUCCGACUGCUACGUCACCUUCUCCAAUCCCAAGGACGGCGUACCCUCCGUGCGCUUCCUCGACGGCCGGCAGCAGAGCGUAUUCGACGACGCGCCGGCCUCCAGUAGGUUCAAUUCCGUGUCCAUCGCGCAUCACAGUAACUACUUCAACGCGGACCCGCUGCAGGCGCAUAACCCGCUCGCCCACCGCAUGUACAAGAUUCCGUACGCGGACAGCUCUGGCGCCGAGACGGCGUCGGAGGGCGAGGACGAGGGCGCGCGCGCGCCGCUGGCGUCGGAGGACAUGCGCGUGGCGCUGCACGCGGAGGACGAUGACGUCUCCUACAUCUCCGUUACGGACGUGUUCGAGGCCCGACGAGACAUGACAGUUUCA